AUGAUUUCCUGUGUACAGUGCGGUGACGAAUACAUAGGAGAAACAGCUAGACCACUAUGUAUUCCAAUCAAAGAACACCUGGACGGCAAAAGGAAAUCAUGUGACUCCACUGCAUUAAGUGCUCAUAGGCAUCAUUACUUAUUUUGUGUGAUCUAUAAGCGUGGAAUGCUCACAACAUGCGUUACUGUAUCGAUUAUUUUCGCCAUGUUGAUGUAUGAGAUUUCAUAUUCGCUGAGAGAAACAAUGAAAGAUGAGAUUGAGUCUAUGACCACAGAUGAUGUGACAUCAACGAUACGUGAUUGGGGACCAGUUAGUUACGCUGGCUCAGAACUAGAGACAAUGUGA